AACAAGGGUUGUUCUGUCUGGCUUUAAUAAUCCAACCGACUGUUUUUUUCGGCACAAGUUUGUUUACUUCCUAAGUAUAUUGUGACGGACUUAUAAUUAAAGUAAAAUAAAGAAUUCGGUUUUUUGUAUAAGCUGUCAUUGUAUUUUACCUAGCCGACGUCAAACAAACAAGUGCUUAAUAUUAUGAGGUUAUAAUCGAGUUGCUGUUUAGUGUCUGCGGUUUAGUGUUAUUCAUAAUUCAAGUCUUAGAAUUGAACUAUCAUUGUUACUUGUAAAAGAGAUGACUGCCGAUAUCCUUACCAGCCUUGAAUUAGAUAAAGUUUUACAGUCAAACAAAGUUUUAGUAAUAAAAGAAAUAAAUGGCGGCGAUAGUUCUUUUAUAACAAGUUGCGUUUUAGGACACUGUAUAAGAAAUAAAAAUGCUACUCUUCUCAUAUCAACACACAACUCCCUUGUGCACUAUCACAAUGUUGGUUUAAAAAUGAAUUAUAAUUUACAAAAGUCUGUAGAUUCUAAAAUAAUUAAUUUUUAUGAUUUAGGAAAUGAAUUGGUAUCUAAUAUGUUUGAGGAUAAAGAUUCUAGUUUGGAAUUUAUGUGUAAAAUUAAGGAACAAAUUAAGGCUAUGUAUGAUAAAAAUGGUACAGUAAAUGUUAUAUUUGAUGGUGUUUCUCAUCUAUUUGAUUUAGAACUUACAUUGAAGGAUAUAAAUAGUUUUUGCAAAGAUGUUAUAGACUUACUUCAUAGUUAUAACAAUUCAUUUUUACUAUUCCAUUGUAAUGUUUCUCAUUGUGACAAUGUUACCAAUGUGCUAGCCAACUUGCUUUCACAUAAAUCACAUAUUUUAGUUGAAGUAGAGAGUUUGCCUUCAGGUCUGAGCUCUGAUGUCUCAGGCCGUUUAACUAUAAGAUACCUUUAUAGAAAAUUUCAGAGUGUUAAUUUACAUAUUUUUGAUCAGAAAUCAUCACAGUAUCUUUUUAAAUUAUUUGAUCGAGGGGUUAAGCUGCUAGCACCGGGAACAGUUUGAUAAAUAAUUUGUUUGUUUUGUAUAAUAAAUUUAUAUAAUAAA